AGAAGCCGACGGACAGUAAGGUAUUGUUUGGAUUGGAGGUGUCGGACGGAGAGGGAGGGGAAGGGAUGGGGACGGAUGGCAAGGGAGGGGGAGUGAGGGGGAGCCGUCUCCUUCCUAUCGUUUGGGUUUCCAAAGAGGCAGAGGGGAAGCGAGAUGGACUGAUUCGGACUCCCUUCAACCCCCCUCAAAUUUGCAAAUUUGCAAUCCGCCCGAUUUGGGGGGUUUGGGAGGGAUUUGAGUGGCUGUUUACAUUAAGUUAAAUGUAAUUACAAAAUUAACCUUAAUUUUUUUAUUAUAUCCUUCUCCAUUACCAGCUUAAAGGGUAAAUUUGUAAAUUUAAAAUUAAUUUAAAUCAUUCUCUUCCUUCCCUUCCUUUUACCUUAAUUAUCCAAACAUAAAAUAAUACAAUUCUUCACUUCCCUUCCCCUUCCUCAUUUUUAUUUAUCCAAACAAAAUUAACACAAAUCAUUUCC